AUCAUGGCUGUGAUGGUUCGGCAGAGGGAGGAAGAGGCAAAGGAUGAGGCCAUGCUCAAAGAGGAGAAGCCCAUACAAGCAAAAACAGUGAACCUGGUCGGGAACAAGAAACCACCUCAGCAGAACGACAUCAGGUUGCACCAGCAGUUUGCCAACUACAAGGAGCAGGUGAGGCGAAUUGGGCCGGAGCCCCCCCAACAGAGGCAGCAGGGCCAACACAAGGAUGACGCCCCCACCUGUGGCAUCUGCCACAAGACCAAGUUUGCUGAUGGCUGCGGAAACCUGUGCUCCUACUGCCAGACUAAGUUCUGUGCCCGGUGCGGGGGAAGGGUCUCUCUGUGUUCCAGUAACAAGGAGGACAAAGUGGUAAUGUGGGUAUGUAACCAGUGCCGAAGGCAACAGGAUAUGCUCACUAAAUCAGGAGAGUGGUUUCCCAGCCAAGGGCCCAAGCCUGGAGAGCUGGGGUCAGCAGUGAGUGAACCGACCAUGUGUGGAGAUCCCAUUGGGGAGAAGAAGGUGUGCUCUAGGUCUCAGAACCCUCUCGACUCCUCAGUUUCCACUGCCCAUGACUCCCAGUCACCUGCCCCAACUGACCCCAGAAAAGGCCCCUCCACAGCACCAGCCGACACGCCGUCAUCACGCUCAUGCAGUGAGCCUCCACAAGGAAGAAAGAAGCCACCAGCAGCCUCUGAUCAGAAUGGCAAGCUAGGGCCAAGAGGUGAGAGGCGGCGAGGCCUGUCCAAAAUCCACUCCGAAGAGCGAGAUACCGGAGAAAAUCGGAGAGAAAGUCGAAGACUGAUGAAGACUCGCUCUCAGGAGCACGACAGUCCUGAGACCAGGAGGAUUGAGGGUGAGCAGAAACCACUCAGGGAACAGUGCAGGACUAACCCAAAUACUCCACAUCAUCUGGCCAAACUCCAGGUGGCAGAGCCUGAUGGACGUAUGCACCCUAAGGCGAGGGAAGCGGGGGAGAUAGUGCAGGACAACAGAGGUGCACGGAGAUGGGCAGAUGGGCGGCAGGCCUCGCUGGAGGGCCAGCAGCAGGCCUACGCCCCAGAAAGGACCGCGGGGGGUAAAGGUUUGCAGGGUGCGCCUAUUGUGCAGGGUCCUCCUCCUAAAACAAACCACGCCCCACAGCCGCCCGCUCCGGGGUUCAGGGUGGGCCCUGCCAUGCCCGCAGGCCCACCUGAGCUCAGGGAGCCUCAGGAAUGGGACAGGAAGUUGCAGCCGAGCCAUUUGGACCCCAGCUCGGAUGCGCUGCUGCGCAAAUCAACACGACAAAAAGCUGAGAGCAUGCUGCGCAAUGAUUCGCUCAGCUCUGACCAAUCGGAGUCUCUACGACCACCCCCGCCCCGCCCCUACAAGAGCAAACGGGGCGGAAACAAGAGGCGGAUGUCUGUCAGCAGCUCGGAGGAAGAGGCCGGUUCGACACCAGAAUACACCAGUUGUGAAGAUGUGGAGAUUGAGAGCGUCAGCGAGAGAGGGGACUGGGAGUGCUGUCCACUGGACCCCACUGCGUGGCAUCAUCCGGUUACAUGGCAGCCCUCCAAGGAAGGUGAUCAUUUAAUUGGCCGAAUCACUUUGAACAAGCGAACAGCCAUGCCAAAAGAGGCUGGGUCUCUGCUAGGGCUAAAGGUGGUCGGGGGGAAGAUUACAGAAACUGGGAGACUUGGGGCCUUCAUCACCAAAGUCAAGAAAGGAAGUAUAGCUGAUGUGGUGGGUCAUCUGCGGGCCGGUGAUGAAGUGCUUCAGUGGAAUGGUAAAUCAUUACCAGGAUUAACCAAGAAAGAAGUUUACAAUAUCAUCUUGAAUUCCCAAACAGAACCACAAGUUGAAUUAGUAGUAUCAAGGCCAAUAGGUGAUACACCACGAAUACCAGAAACAUCACACCCUCCGUUAGAAUCUACAGGUUCAAGUUCCUUCGAAUCACAGAAGAUGGAAAGACCCUCUAUAUCUGUCUUGUCCCCUUCCAGCCCAAGUGGUCUUAGAGAUGCCCCUCAGCUACUGCCUGGACAGCUGUCGGUGAAAAUGUGGUUCGAUAAGGUCGACCAUCAGCUGAUAGUGAACGUAUUGCAGGCUAUAGACCUGCCACCCAGAUCGGGUGGACGACCCAGAAACCCCUAUGUCAAAAUGUACUUCCUGCCUGAUAGAAGUGAUAAGAGCAAGAGAAGGACGAAGACAGUGAAGAAAAGUCUGGAGCCCAAGUGGAACCAGACAUUUGUGUACUCUCAUGUCCAUCGCCGGGAUUUCAGAGAACACAUGCUGGAGAUUACUGUGUGGGACCAACCCAGAAUACAAGAUGAGGAGAGUGACUUUCUGGGAGAAAUCCUAAUCGAGCUGGAGACUGCCCUGUUGGAUGAUAAGCCUCACUGGUACAAGCUGCAGACACAUGACGUCUCUUCCAUCCCACUGCCACACCCGUCGCCAUACCUGCCCCGCAGACACGGACACACUGAAACACCCACCAAAAAGCUGCAGCCUACAGAAAACCGAUCAAGAGAAAGAGAAAGAGAAUGGGACAGAGAAAGAGAACGGGACCGAGACAGAGACAGAGGCCGAGACCGGGCGACAACAUUAGAGGUUCCAGAUCAGCAGAGGCCAACUCAGUAUCGCUCACGGUCCGUGUCCCCACACAGAGAUGAAGAGAGCAGGGGACGGUCCCGCCCAGCCAACGUCCCUGCACAGAGGAGUCUGGAUGAGGUCCAGCACAGCCGGCGAUCCCGUUCCCCAACACGCAACCACGACCGUGCCCGUGUGCAAGAGAGAGAAUACGUAGAUGACAGUGAGGUCAUCUUGAUACACAGAUCAAUGCGGGGUAGAAGCGCAGAGUGUCUGCACACCCAAAGUGAUCUACAGCCCUCUCUUGACAGGGUUAGAAGUGCUAGUACCAACUGUCUGAGACCAGGUUCUAAUUCCAAUUCACCUGAACGAGACAGGAGCACCCAGUCUCUGCCCCGUACCAGACCCACGAGCCCCAGGAUCCUAAUUCAGCAUGCCUCCCCAGAAGACGACAGGCAGUUGAGAACUCUGGACAAGACUAGCUGUCAGAAACUUGGCAAGAAAAUAUCUGACAGUGAGCGGGUGCAGCCGCACACCAGCCCUGCAUUCUCCUCAUCAACAGCCACCAAUUCUUCGACACGCAAGGUCAGACAGCUUCCCCAAGUCCCCGCCAAAAGCAGCAGUGUAGAGCAAGCUCUUGCUUCAGAGGAGCGAACGCGGCAAAUGAAAGUACAUACCUUCCGAACACCAGCUCCAUCCAGUACCAGCCAGGAUCUGGAGAGUACGCUCAAGAAUAAACGAGAGCUUUAUAAGGAGCAGCGAAGGAGCUGUGACAAUGUGUCCCACAAGUCCUCAGACAGUGAUGUCAGUGACGUGUCAGCCAUCUCUCGCGCCAGCAGUGCCUCGCGGAUCAGUAGCACCAGCUACAUGUCCAUUCAAUCAGAACGACCCAGGGGUCACUUUAGCCGUCAUAUUCAUCCAUCCAGCCGCACCAUGCUGAAGAGUACAAGUGUUAGUGGGGAAAUCUACACUCUGGAGCGUACGGACGGCAGUCAGUCAGACACCGCUCUGGGAACACUGGGAGCAGGAGGGAAAAAGCGCAGAUCCAGCCUUAGCGCACGUGUAGUCGCCAUCGUUGGCAUUCCCUCUCGCCGCAGCAGGAGCACCUCUCAGCUCAGUCAGACAGAAGCAGCCAACAAGAAAGCAAAGGGAUCCAGUCAGAUCCAGCGCAGUCAGGAGACGGGAAUGGCAGUGGAGUAUCCCCGCAACGUCAUGGCUCGCCAAGCCAGCCGAGAGUCCACUGAUGGCAGCAUGAACAGUUAUAGCUCUGAGGGCAAUCUGAUCUUCUCAGGGAUGAGAUUAGGGGCCGACAGCCAGUUCAGUGACUUCCUAGAUGGUCUUGGCCCUGCUCAGUUGGUGGGUAGACAAACACUUGCUACGCCUGCUAUGGGAGAUGUUCAGAUUGGACUGAUGGACAAGAAAGGGCAACUAGAGGUGGAGGUUAUCAGGGCCCGUGGUCUUACGCCUAAACCAGGUUCCAAAUCGCUGCCGGCUCCCUAUGUCAAGGUCUAUUUGCUGGAAAACGGAGCGUGCAAAGCCAAAAAGAAAACCAAGAUUGCACGAAAAACGCUCGAUCCUUUGUAUCAGCAAUCGCUGCUGUUUGAGGAAAGUCCGCAGGGUAAAGUUCUCCAGGUAAUAGUCUGGGGAGAUUACGGCCGCAUGGACCACAAAUGUUUCAUGGGAGUCGCCCAGAUUCUUUUAGAGGAGCUGGAUCUUUCUAGCACAGUGAUCAGUUGGUACAGACUGUUUCCCCCUUCAUCACUGGUCGACCCAACGUUAGCUCCUCUCACUCGUCGCGCUUCCCAGACCUCGCUGGACUCUUCAGGGCCGCCGGGCAUCAGGUCCUAGUGAACAGACGGGAGCGCGAGGCGAAACAAAACACACGACCCAGUGGACCAAGGACCGGAGGCAACAAUCAGAACCAGAGCGGCAGAUAAAGAGACAGAUGGACAGAAUCAUGAUCAAAGCUUUGCUGAAGCCUGACAAUCACUUCUCUCUUUUACUUUUGAUCUUUGGGUUGUAGAGAUUUCCUUUGAUCCACUCUGCUCCUUUACUGCAUGUUUUGUUGCCGAGAUGACGAUUCAACCCAAAUAAAAAGAGAAGGAAGGGAGAGGCAGCCGAAACGCGGUCCUGCUUCAUCUGACAGGAAGCGAAGCUCACAGUGGCGCCGGUAGCCUAGACUGCUCUGGUCAGUCAGCACAUUUAUUUUCUCACGUGUGUUUGAGAGUUAGCGAGAGUGAGAGGACAGCACUGCCCUUCCUCUAUAUUGCACUUACAGGAAGUCCCUCUGCUGAAAGACCAGAAGUCGAGGGUUAAAGGUCAAAAUUUAGUCUGCUCAGAGAGUUUCCUCUCUGCAUCACGGAUGCUGCAUCCAAGGCCCCGCCAUGUGCCGGUCUGGCACAAACUCAGACUCAGAUUGUGUGACUGCGGUGUGUGUGUGUGUGUGUGAGUGUGCGUUUGCGUCUAAGAAGGCAGGGACGCCUGAGAACCUUUUAAGUCUGUUUACAGCAGUCGCUACCGACUGCUUUGCCUUUUCACGUUACUGUUGAUUUGGUAAAUAGGCACACUUUGUAGAAUGUGAAAACAUGCUUCAUGUUUUCUGACAUUUGUGUCAUACGAGCUUCAUGGAAGACACAAAACCACUUGUAUUUGAUUCACCGGGACUGUAAGAAGCUGCCAUAAUCAUUUAGGUUCCCUGACAGGAAACUGCAGAAACGGUCACUAGAUGCAUUAGCUCACUAACAUAUUUGAUUCCCGGAUUUCACGCGAUCACAAACCAUAUCUUACAGGCCUUUCCAAGCAUUUUUAAUUCUAUUCUGUUUGGUAAAGGACCUGUACAUUCUGAUAUUCAAAUUUCUACCCGACUAGAGUUUACAUUAUUUUAAUGCAAGCACAAAAAGAGAAAAAGUUCAAGCUUUUGGAGAUUAAAACUAAUACAAAAAAAGAGGCCAAAAUCAGAAGCUUCCUAUUUUUAGCUGUUUGUCAUCAGUUUUCAGUUUAGUUGAUUAUAAAACCAAUCUCACAGAUCCCCCCUGAGCAUUUUGAAUGUGACAGUGAGACGUUCCAACAAGGGGAACAGAUGCCACCAACAAGGGGAACAGCAUGAAUCUGGAACUGUUCCAAGUUGCAUGCACAUUUUGUAAAACAAGACAGAUGAGAAAAAAAGAGACUACAAUAAGUGUGUGUUAGUUCCACAAACUGUAGGCCAGCUUGUAUGUUGCAUGUACUUGUACAGUUUGCUUGUACUUGAUAUAAAUAGAUGAUCAAAUAAAACUAACCAUUCAUUCCAUGUGUGGGCAUUUGGCCGGGUUCAGCCAUACACACAGGCCUUAUUUUGGGGCUGAAUGUCUAUAAUAAUUUUUAAGUUGUUUGAUUUCCUUUUUUGUUUUGUUUUGUUUUUUUUAAACCCUGGAUGGAAAAUUAAGUGCUGCACUGUAGUACUGAGCAAACACAAGGCCCUAUUUUUAUUAAAGAUGUUGGUGUUCACUGUAGUCUGUACUACUGUGAGGCUAAAUCUAAGGUAGAUAAUCUGUAUAAAAACUAGAGCUAUCUGUAUAUGGAAUAUAAUUACGAAAAUCACAAUGACUUAGAGAUAUAUUGAUAUUGAAACAGAGUGUAUCAAGUAAACAUCACUUACGUACAUGCAUAUAUGUAAAUAUGAGUCUGCAAAGAAGUUUACUUAUAUUUACAAAGCAGCCCCAUUCAAGUUAAUGGAUCAGUGCUCUGUCUCUUGGUUCUGCUGAGCGGAAGAAGGGAUGCCUCAAGUUUUAUUUUAGUGAUGCCCAAUCUGAUGAGAGAAAUUUGGACCUCUGCCGACCUGUUGCGUUAUCAUAAAUGCUCAUGAAUCCUUGUUUCAAUGAGAAGUUUACUUUAUAUGCCUGGUUAGGGCAGAGUUAUUUACUUUGUCAGUAUUAUUCAAGGAUACUGAUUGUUUACAGUUCGUGUGUUCCACUGAAACAAAA